AUGCUGGAACGUUCUGAAUACUCCAACAAGCAGGAGACAAUUCUUAACAAGCAUUCUGGUAUCCUCCGGAAUAAGGUUCAGUUCCUUGGAAACACAGGCACGUCAAAAGUGGGGACAGUGGAAGCGCUGAUCCCUAUUGUUGCGCUUCAACGCAGCUUGCAGAAUGUGGAAAGCAAAUUAAAGAACACUCAGGGUGAAGUAAAUAUUGCGAGUACGCUGCGAGAAGUUCCAAAAGACGAGAGAGCCUUUAAAGCUCUAUUUGACGCCUAUUCCGACCCCGUUUCCUACAAACAGCGCUUUGUCGACCAGAACGCUUUCUUAGUUUACUACACUAAGGGCUUUGAUGGCCCUGGACGAGCUUCAAUUGAGCAGGACUUACCAACCCGCCAACCACGUCAGUAUGGUGCACGCAACGACGCCUGGAUUGCAUGGGACAAUUUCCUUGCUGAGUACAACUUCCAUCUACAAAACCAAGCCAGUUACGGCUCGAAAGACUUGCUGGAUCCUCUUUCAGAAGUCAUUCAUGCAUUAGAUCGGUAUUUAACGCAAGUGCCGGCAUCACAAUUGGAACAAGCUAGCAAUGCACUACCAACCCCAACCGAUUCCUUGUUUCUUCCAUGAUUGCUUUGCUGGCUGCCAUUUGUAUAUAGGGUUGAAAGAGCUACUCUGAAUGACUUUUUGCUUGAACU